AUGCCAUCCUGGACCUCCACCCCCAACGGCACCAUGACCGCCUGUGUCCUCACCUCCCCGGGCGCCCAACACCCGCCCACCACCUGCUUCACCUACUCCACCACCUACCCGCGCCCCUCCCUCCCCUCCCCAGACUGGAUCCUCGUCCGCGUCCACGCCGCCGGCCUCAACCGCGCCGAGCUACGCAGCCGCGCAGGCCACACGCCCUUCCCGCCCGAAUUCAACAUCUUCCAGUCCGAAUACCACGCCGACCCGCCCGCCAUCCUCGGCGAGGAGUUCGUCGGCGAGGUGGCCGAAGCAGGCGCGACGACUGGUUUCGAGCCGGGCGAGAAGGUGGCGGGGUUUAUUUAUGGGGGCGGGAAGGCGUAUGAUGGGGCGUAUGCGCAGUACACGGUUGUGCAUAGGCGGCGGUGCUUUCGGCUGCCGGCGGAGACGAGGCUGGGGUGGGAGGUGCUGGGGGCGAUGCCGAUGGGGUUGUGGACGGCGUAUGGGUCGGUGAUGUUGGCGGGGAGGCUGAGGGAGAGGGGGGCUGGCGCGAUGGUCUUGGUGCACGGGGCGACGUCGAGUGUGGGGAUAUUUGCGAUUCUGCUGGCGAAGGAGCGCGGGGCGACGGUGGUGGCGACGACGAGGCAGGAGCACAAGCUGGCGCAUCUGAAGGACGUGGGGGCGGACUACGCGGUGCUGGAGGAGGACAUCGAGAAGGAGGUGCUGGGCCGCUUUCCGCGGGGCGUGGACAUCGUGCUCGAGCUUGUCGGGCCCGAUCAGAUUCAGCGGAGCAUGGGAUUGCUGGCUAGGUACGGCACCCUGGUCGUCACGGGCAUCCUGAACCUCGAGUGGGAGGCGACCGGCUUCAAUCCCAUGAAGAUCCCGGCUACCCGCUGCUUGACUAAGCACGCUAUGACUAACGCUGGUCCGGGGACGGAGGAUGACGAGUUGGACCUCGUGGAGCCCGUGCUCGCUGAGGCUAUCAGGAACGUCGAGAGCGGGAAGUGGCCGAAGGAGCACAUCAUUGACCGAACUUUCGAGUUGCGCGAGGCUGGCGCGGCGCACGCGUAUAUGGAGGAUAACAAGGCCAAGGGCAAGGUUGUCAUGAUUAUUCCGUAG